AUGGCAGAGACUUUGAGUCGAGAUGGGGUACGACACCACGGCGGCGGCCGCCGCAGCAGCGACCGUCACCUCGCCGUCCUCGUCACCCUGGCAAAGGCCGAGCGCACCGCGAAUCUCGUCAUCGACAUCCGCGAGUUUGAAAAGGUCCUCGCUCCUCACCCUGUUGUCCUCGGCAUGCCCGGCCGCCGCCUGUGGGACAGCUUCCUCCAGAAGCUCUGGGAGAUUGGCUCCCUCGACGCCAUGCACGAAUUCUUCUCCCGCCUGCGCUUGCUCCUCCAGCCCACCAAGGAGGAGUUGCGCCGUAUCGCCGAGGAGACGGGCGUUGCGCCAGACGCGGACCCCCGGGCAGCGGGAUCCGCCUCUGCAAAACCUCGGUCUUUGGUAUCUUUGUCCGCAGGUGUCAGCUCGACCUACCGCCCACUAGAGGACCCCGGCUUUGAGGAUCUGGCCGCCGCCGUGUACGGAGAUGGCCUCGCAGGAUGCUCCGCUGGGUCGUUUCCCAUCAGUACUGAUGAUCUCGAAGGGUUACUGGAGUUUCAAGUCGAGCAGAUGCAAAGACAGCGCGGUAACGCCAAGCGUCUCUCAUUACGUCCGCUUUUGGACAGUUGGAGGGCCGGGGACCUACCCAACGCGUUUGACUACCUCCACCGCUACUUCGAUUACACCAUGCAGAACCGCGACCGGCUCUUCUACCAGUACGCCCUCAUGAACCUGGCCGUCCUGCAGGCCGAGUUUGGCUGCUACACCGAGGCCGUCGAUGCCAUGCUGCAGACCGUAUCCACCGCCAGGGAGAACCGUGACAUGACGUGCCUCAACUUUGCCCUCAACUGGCUCUUCCACUUUGGCCGCGCUCACCCCGCCCUCGUCCGUCACAUCGACCCGGCUAGCACCCUCGGCUCCGCCAAGGAGACGCUCGCCUUUCUGCGCGUCCGCGCCAAGGAGACGGGCAUGUGGACCCUCUGGAGCAGCGUCCUCCUCAGCGAGGCCAAGCUCGCCCUCUCCAACGGCGAGAGCGUGGCCACCGCUCUCGAAAAUGUCGUACGCAGCUCCCAGGUCAUUGUCGAGCGCAACGCUCGCGCAAUGUUCGCCCCCACCUCAUGCUCGUCGCCUCCCUCUGGGACCGCCUCGGCCUCUCCGCCCUCUCCGCCGCCACCUGCGAGGCUUGCCAUGGACCUCGCCGGUCGCGGCCGCUACGACGACGCCCUGCGCCUUCUUGACGACAAGGUGAACCCUGUGGGCGAGACUAGCGGCGUGUCCACCUCUAUGUCGCCGCCCUCCGCAUCCUCCUCCCACCAGGCCCUCCGUGCCGAGAAGACGCAGCAGUACUGGCGCAAGCACCGCGGCAUCAUCAAGCUCCGCCGCGACCUCGCCCGUGAAGACCUUGACGGAGCUUCGGACCUGCUCUCCCAGCUCCUGCAGUCCAAAUUUGACGACCUGGAGCCCGACAUGGCCCUAUCCAUUGACCUCUUGCACGUGGAUUACCUCGUGCGCCGCGGGGACCUCUCCCGCGCGUUCUCCCUCGUCGAAGACCUGUUGUCUCGAACCUCAGACGAUGUUCCUGAAUCGCCGGCCACCAACGUCCCCUCCUCUUCCUCUAGCAGCGGCAAUGCGGGCGACACGGCCCCCACAACAACAACAACAACAACAACAACGACGACGACGACGAAUACCGCCACUUCUACUACAGCGACCACGGCCACGACGCCAACGCCCGACAUCUCCCACCGUAUCAGACUUCUCCUCGCCAAGGCCUCCCUUUAUAUCAAGGCAAACCAACCCUCUCGGGCUUUCUCGCUCGCCACCCGCGCUGCCUCCCUAUCCCACCGCGCUCGCCUCCUCCCUCUCCUCUGGCGCUCCGUCGCCGUCCUCUCCGCCAUCCUCACCUCCCUCUCCGAGUUUACCGCCUCUGCUCGCCUCCUCUCCGCCACCCUCCCCGCGCUCUCGAUCUUCGCCAUUAUCGGCGGUCCCUCGUCCCGCCUCAUCGUCAUCUGCGUCUUCCUCCUCCCCCGCUGUCGGGCCCUCGACCGCGCCUUCAAGUACUAUUCCGAUGUGGGCGAAGCCCGCGCCGCCAGGGAGGUUAUCGCCAAGCGCGCAGCCAUCAUGAAAAUCCUCGGCGACAAAGCUCUCGCCGCGCAGUACUCGGCCAAGUAUGUGGCCCUCCUUGAGAAGGAGGAUGCUAGGCGGAAGGGUGUGCAGGUAGCGGGACGGAGCUGA